ACAGAUAUUUAUCUCAGGACUGCAGCAAUGCUCAAUUUCACAGAUGUGACUGAAUUUGUUCUUUUGGGCUUAACUGAUCGUCAGGAAUGGCAAGUUCUCUUCUUCGUCAUCUUUCUUGUGGUCUAUAUUCUCACCAUGGUGGGCAAUAUUGGCAUGAUGAUGUUGAUAAGGGUCAGUCCACAGCUUAACAGCCCAAUGUACUUUUUCCUCAGCCAUUUGUCAUUUGUCGAUGUUUGGUUUUCUUCCAAUGUCACUCCUAAAAUGCUGGAGAACUUGCUCUCAAAGACAAAAAAGAUUUCUUAUGCUGGCUGUUUGGUGCAGUGUUUCUUCUUCAUCUUCCUUGUUCAUGUGGAAAUUUUCCUGCUUUCUGUGAUGGCCUUUGAUAGGUAUAUGGCAAUUGGGAAACCUCUGCUGUACAGCAGCAAAAUGUCAAGGGCUGUGUGCAUUCGGCUGAUUUCUUUCCCCUACAUCUAUGGUUUUCUGACUAGCCUGGCUGCAACAUUGUGGACUUAUGGCUUGUAUUUCUGUGGGAAGAUUGAGAUCAACCACUUCUACUGUGCAGACCCACCUCUCAUUAAGAUGGCCUGUGCAGGGACUUUUGUGAAAGAAUACACGAUGCUCUUUCUUGCAGGCAUUAACUUCACAUAUUCCCUGACAGUAGUCAUUAUCUCUUACCUAUUUAUUCUCAUUGCUAUUCUGAGAAUGCGCUCAGCAGAAGGUAGGAGGAAGGCCUUUUCCACCUGUGGGUCUCAUCUGACAGCUGUUGGCAUAUUUUACGGUACUCUGAUCUUCAUGUAUCUCAGACGCCCAACAGAGGAGUCAGUGGAGCAGGGGAAGAUGGUGGCAGUGUUCUACACUACGGUGAUCCCCAUGCUGAAUCCCAUGAUCUACAGUCUGAGGAACAAGGAUGUCAAGGAAGCCAUGGAGAAAGUGAUUAGCAGGAAGUGCUUAACCAAAUAAAAUGCAGAUUAUUUUGUUUUUGAGC